GCAAAGUUAGGAGCACAGUUAAAUGUAUGAUUAGUGAAAACGAUGCAGUUAUUGGUGCUGCAGUAAAGUAUAAUAUUGGAGUUGACUAUAAACCAGAUAGUAGCAAUCUUAACAACUCACGUUGCGUACUCGAAAAAUGUCCAAAAUUAUCGCUAUUACCCAAAUCCAAGCUGACUUGGCUUCUAUUGACCAUGUCUACUCCUUGCCCUUUCACCGACGAUCAGGAGAUUGCUACGAAGGCUACUAUAGCUCAUCAUCAAAUAAGGAGAGCCAUUCAAACUAGGGAUCGAAAUGAACACUUAGUUCACGCCUAUUACUUAGACUCAAUUUUAGACGUAGCAUCAAGAAAUCAAUUGGCUAACCUUCGGAAUAUGAUCUCCAGGCAUUACUUUAUCGAAGCCACCAGAACGUAUUAUCUUUUUGAACGAUUAGGUGUGGAACAACCAUAUCGUACCUCUAUAUCAUGCUCAACAUGA